AUGGAAUUACGAUUGUCUCUGUCUGAUGAAAAUUUUAAGCGCAAAAAACUUAACUAUAGUAAUAUGCCCCCAAUAUGGAGGCCGGAAGACUCCCCACUCUUUAGUACACGAUCAAAUUCAAAGCGCCAAGAAAGAACUGUUUUUACUAACGAUCAACUUCUUCGUUUAGAGAAAGAGUACAUCUCCCAGGGCAAGUACUUGUGUCGUCUAAAAAGAGUCCAAGUCGCCAGAGAUUUGGGUUUGAAUGAUAGACAGAAAAUUAGUAAAAUUAUGAAUGUAAUUCGAUUGAUAUAUGGUUUUCGAAUCAAAUACUACUUCGUUUUGGUUUAUUUAAUUGAAUCGACUCAUUUAUUUCAUUCAAAUAAAGAUUUGUUAACUAUUAACAAAUCUCGCUUCAAUUAUUGGAAGGAAAAAACAAAUUUCUUAACCUAA